AAGCAAAAAAAUUGUUUCUUUUAGCCAACCUGUUUGUUUUGGCGCUAUUUAUACAUAUAUCUCUAUUACCACUUUUCCCCAUAAACCACCAUUCUACAGCACCGUUUUCCUUCUCAACAUAAUCUUUUGCUUCACAAUAUCCUCUUCAUUUUUCCUUUCCUUUCUAAGCUCUUUCCAACUUUCUUAAAAAAAACUAAAAACCUCUGCCAUGGCAAUCAUCAAAAUUCUCCACACUUUAUUUGGGAUUUUUGGCAAUGUUACUGGUUUGUUUCUCUUUUUGGCCCCCAUGAUUACAUUUAAGAGGGUCAUUAUGAAUAAAUCAACAGAACAAUUUUCAGGCAUACCAUAUGUAAUGACUCUGCUCAACUGCUUACUCUCUACUUGGUAUGGUCUGCCAUUUGUGUCACCAAACAACAUACUGGUAUCAAUAAUCAAUGGCACAGGUGCAGGACUUGAGGCAUUCUAUGUGUUGACAUUCCUCACAUUUGCACCCAAAAGGGAGAAGGCAAAAAUCUCUGGAAUUCUAUUUGUAGUCCUUUCCAUAUUCUCAACUGUGGCAUUGGUCUCCAUGUUAGCCCUCCAUGGCAAUAAAAGGAAGAUCUUUUGUGGCUUUGCUGCUGCAAUUUUCUCUAUCAUUAUGUAUGGUUCUCCUUUGUCAAUUAUGAGGCUAGUGAUUAAGACUAAAAGCGUGGAGUACAUGCCAUUCUUCUUGUCCUUGUUUGUCUUUCUCUGUGGUACCUCAUGGUUCGUCUAUGGAUUGCUUGGGAAGGACCCUUUCAUUGCUGUACCAAACGGGGUCGGAGGUUUGCUAGGAACAACACAACUGAUAUUGUACGCAAUCUACAGAGACAACAAAGGGAAAGGGAAAGGCAAGAAAGGCGAGGAAAAUACAACUGCAGAGAUGGAAUUAGGGAAGCCCAAAGAGAAUAAGGAACUACCUAACACCCAAAAUGGAGAUGCAAAAGCAUGAUAUUUAGGAUUAGUUCAAUCAAAAAAUAAAAUGUUCCCAAACUUUAUGAUGCUCAUUUUUUUUCCCUAAUUGGAAGGGGUAAUUCUCAACGAAUCAAGUUGUACUGGUAGUUACUUAAAGCUAUAACCGUUAUUUCCCUUAUUAUCGUGAAAGUUCUUUAAGAAAUGAAAGUCUUUUUCAAUAA